UCUGUCUGUCAAACGCAGAACGACCAGACGUUCACCCUCGACCUGCCCGGCCACAACAACCAUGUUCCCUCAACGCAAUAUCCUUCGUUUGUCUCAGCGCUCUGCGCAGCAGCUGCGUUCCACCCCGGUUCGCUCUGCCAUCCCGCGCCGGUUCAACAGCACCGACUCCAAGCUUCCCUGGAUGGUCGACAACGAAUUCAACCGCGAGAGAGCGGCUGUCAAGCACCACGCUGCCUCCACCAGUGGUGCGUAUAUUUAAUUGGCCCGUUGUCUAACUAUGUCGGCAAUAUGAGACGGAACCUCGCAUGAUACUAACCCAUUGCCACUCUAGAUCUCUGGCGCAAGCUCUCCAUUUAGUGCGUAUUGCCUGAUCAAUCAAUUCGUCGGGUCUCACGUCAAUGUAUACUUACAAUCCUAGCGCCGUCAUUCCCUGCCUUAUCCUCGGCGGCCUCAAUGCCUACAACCUCUGGUCAGAGCACUGGGAGCACUGGGAGCAUAUGCCUCCCCUUGAGGAACGUGUGGAAUAUCCCUACCAGAACAUCCGUGUGAAGAACUUCCCUUGGGGAGAUGGUGACAAGGUAAGCCUAUUAGCUCCAAAGCCGGAUUGAUAUACUGACUGACACGUUUUUGUAGACCAUCUU